AGAACUUGUUUAGGGGAAUUCAUUCAAAAAAAAAAAAAACUUGUUUAGGGGAAAAUUUUGUGUCUCUCAAACAUGUCAUUAAUAUGGGCACAUAAAAAUCAUUCCUAGAUAAAUUUCAGUUUCCAAAAAUAAGACAAAAUUACCAGUACUGGACAAAGAUACACUAUGAUGGAUCAUGGAUGGGAUAAGGGAUUAAUGGUGGGUAGGUACAUUAGUUAGUCAUGCCACUGCAAUUCCAACUUCGCUCACUCUCAUCUUCCAACUCUUCUUUCCUCAUUUCUAAGCUCUCAAUCAACUUUCUUACCCAUCACCUCUGCCGCUCAAUGGCCACCACCACAUCCUCAGCCGAGCCCACUCUAAGCCCAUCCAACACUCGCGUGGGCUGGAUCGGCACCGGUGUCAUGGGCCGUUCAAUGUGCUCUCACCUUAUCAAAGCCGGCUACACUCUCACCGUAUUCAACCGUACUCUAUCCAAGGCCCAACCGCUCCUCGAUAUGGGGGCUCACUUGGCCCACUCUCCUCAAGCCGUCGCCGCCCAAUCCGACGUCGUAUUCUCCAUCGUAGGCUAUCCUUCCGAUGUUCGUUCUGUCCUUCUUGACCCAUCCUCUGGCGCCCUCGCUGGCCUCCGUUCCGGCGGUGUCCUAGUUGAUAUGACCACAUCGGAACCCUCUCUCGCAUCCGAGAUCUCUUCCUCCGCCGCUGCCAAAGGCUGCGCCGCGAUCGAUGCUCCGGUAUCUGGCGGAGACCUGGGAGCAAGGAACGGAACCCUAGCUAUCUUCGCCGGCGGCGAUGAGUCCGUGGUUAAUCGAUUGAAUCCUCUUUUCAGUCUGUUGGGGAAGGUCAACUACAUGGGCGGUCCGGGUAGAGGACAAUUCGCGAAGCUGGCGAACCAGAUCACCAUAGCUUCGACAAUGGUGGGGCUAGUCGAGGGAAUGGUGUACGCUCACAAGGCGGGACUCGACGUUGCGCUUUUCUUGAAGGCGAUAUCGACUGGCGCGGCUGGAUCGAGGUCUCUGGAUUUGUACGCGGCUCGGAUUCUGAAAAGGGAUUUUGAGCCAGGGUUCUUCGUCAAUCACUUUGUGAAAGAUUUGGGUAUUUGCUUAAAGGAGUGUCAGAAUAUGAGUCUUGCUCUUCCUGGGUUGGCUUUGGCUCAACAGCUUUAUGUCUCGCUUAAGGCUCAUGGUGAAGGGAAUUUGGGUACCCAGGCGCUUAUUUUAGCUCUGGAGAGGCUUAACAAUGUUUCUCUUGAAUCUUCUGUUACUGCUUCUGCUCCAGCUAGUUAGACUGGUAAGUAAACAUAAUAAUGUUCUUUAAGGCAGUGUGUUAAACUAAUAAAAGUUUCAUUAUGAUUAUGAGUAUACGAAGUAAAUAUUACAUAAUGAAGAUUCUAUGCAUUUCAUCUGUGUUGUCUCAAGUCAAGUUCAGAACUUUCUCUUUCUGAUUAUUGGCUACAUUUUAUGGUUAGUGUAAAAUGUAAAUGCAUGCUUUUUAUGAUGGAAUUAAGGACUAAGUUUUUGUGA